CUGCCGGUUUCGGUGGGCGGCGACUGCUGGGUUUCGUUGCGGUGUGUGUCAUCGCCGCUCCCGCUUCUGAUCUGGGCGUCUGGGGCUUGUUGCACCGCUCGCCGCCAAGAUGAUGUCCCUCAUCAACCGCAUCCUGGACUGGUUCAAGAGCCUCUUCUGGAAGGAGGAGAUGGAGCUCACGCUUGUCGGCCUCCAGUACUCGGGCAAGACCACCUUCGUGAACGUCAUUGCCUCGGGCCAGUUUUGCGAGGACAUGAUCCCCACCGUGGGCUUCAACAUGCGCAAGGUGACCAAGGGGAACGUCACAAUCAAGAUCUGGGACAUUGGCGGACAACCGCGGUUCCGAAGCAUGUGGGAGCGGUACUGCCGCGGCGUGAACGCUAUUGUGUACAUGGUGGACGCACAUGAUCGAGAGAAGAUGGAAGCGAGCCGUAAUGAGCUGCAUCAGCUGUUGGACAAACCCCAGCUGGCAGGUAUUCCCGUGCUCGUCCUCGGCAACAAGCGUGAUCUGCAGGGAGCUCUGGAUGAGCGUGAACUCAUCGACCAGAUGAACCUGUCGGCCAUCCAAGACCGAGAGAUCUGCUGCUAUUCGAUUUCUUGCAAGGAGCGUGACAACAUUGACAUCACGCUGCAGUGGCUCAUCUCGCACUCCAAGUCAUCCAGUCACUGACGUACCGGGGCCCACGAUGGCCCCCCUUCUGUACAUAGACCUGCCUGUGUUUAAUAAUGAGCGGCACCUCGCUGCAGUUGAGGUGCCCAUUUCCCCCGCUAUGCCAUCUGUCGUCUGGCGCAAAUAAAUAUUCCGAAAUUUUUUCUGUU